UUCCACAAUUGCCAUCAGUAACACAACAAACUUCAAACACAACAAACCAAAUCUUAUCCGAAACAUCUUCAAGAUGCGUCUAUCACUUUUGGCACUAUUCGGUCUCCUCUGCCUGGCCUAUGCAAUGGCUGAAGAGGAAGUUGCCGCUGACGAGCCUGUAAACCUGUUGGAAGUCUCCAAUCAAGGUCAUGCCAACGAAGGAGAUCGUGAUGUUCGCCACUGGGGCGGUCAUUUGGGCGGCUGGGGACGUGGAGGAAGCUGGGGACGCGGUGGAGGAUGGGGUCAUGGUGGCGGCUGGGGAUAUGGAGGAAGUUGGGGCGGUCGUGGAGGAUGGGGUCAUGGUGGUUGGGGAAAUCGCGGAGGCUGGGGUGGCCAUUGGUAAACUCCCAGUGUAUCUGAACCACUUUCAACAAUUGUCAAAUUUUGUUUGUGUAAAUAAAGAACAUUCGAAAAAUUAAA